AUGAAUGCACUCAUGGACAUGUAUGGAGGACAGCGCUUUACAGUGCUCGGAUUCCCCUGCAAUCAGUUUGGUCUCCAGUCACCUGAGGAGAACCAUGAAACCCUGAAUGUUCUGCAGUAUGUGAGACCAGGAUCCGGUUUCCUCCCAAAGUUCCCUAUUUUCAGUAGGAUUGAGGUGAACGGCUCUGAUGAAGAUCCUCUGUAUGCUUACCUGAAGGAAAGUCUUCCGUUUGUCAAUCCUGUCAUUGGAGACAUCAGGAAGCUCUACUGGUCUCCCAUAAAAGCCAAUGAUGUCCGCUGGAACUUUGAGAAGUUUCUCAUCACCGCAGACGGACGUCCCUACAAACGUGAAGAUCCCUCAGGAAACUCUGUCCGGCAGCUGAGAGGAUCUGAUGGGGCCGAGUGGAUCUGA